AUGUGGCUUUCAAGUGGAAAAAACAAUAACAAUCUUCCAAGAAAAAAUGGGAAAAAUGGGAUUGUUGCAAUAGCCAUAGACAAAGAUAAAAGAAGUCAAGAUGCUCUCAAAUGGGCAACUGAGAAUCUCGUCAACAAAGGCCAAACCAUCAUUCUCAUCCACGUCGUUGCCAAGCCGUCAGCCACAGUUGGGAAAGGUUACGCCAUUUAUGAACCAAAUGGAGUUGCACAAGCACGCAGGAAAGUACUUGAGAAACAACACAAAGAGCUAUUCCUCAGCUUCCAUUGCUUCUGCUCUCGCAAAGAUAUAAAUUGCUUCGAUGUGCUGUUGGAGGAGACGGACAUAGCAAGAGGCAUAGCCGAAUACGCUGCGUAUGCGGCCGUCGAAAGCUUGGUUCUUGGCUCAUCCCGCCAUGGCUUUAUCAAAUUGAAGACGACGGACGUACCUAGUAGUGUAUCAAAAAUGGCGCCGGAUUUUUGCACUGUUUAUGUCAUAUCCAAAGCAAAGAUCUCAUCCGUGAAGAACGCGUCGCGUUCAACGCCUCUCGUCUCUCCUGUCAUCUCCCAUCUUCAAAAGAUGGAAGACCAAUCAAGUUGUAGUGGUGAUUCUUUCCCCGGUGAUGGUUCCCACAGGUCUCCCUUCUCAAGAGGGAGAGGCUUCAACGGUAGAAUGUUUCCCGAAAUGGGAGAAAACGAGACGGAUUUCUCCUUCACCGGAUCAGACCGCCUCUCGGGAGUGCUCUUCGACAGCCAUGUCUCGAGCCGGACGUCGCGAGUGUCUACAUGCUCGGAUAGCAGAUUCGCCUCGUUGCCGAGGGGGAGCGAGGGAAACAGCUUCACCAGUGAUUUAUCUUCAUCUUCGGUGGAUGCAGAUGAUGUUGAUGCGGAGAUGAGAAGGCUGAAGCAAGAGCUGCAGAGGACUAUGGAGAUGUAUAGCACGGCUUGUAAGCAGGCUCAGACAACGAAGCAACAGAAGGCUGCCGAGCUUAGCCAGUGGCGCGCGGACGAAGAGAAGAGGCUGGAGGAGGCGCGGCUGGCAGAGGAGUCGGCCCGGCUGAGGGCCGAGCAAGAGAGAGCCAGGUACAGAGCGUCAAUGGAGAACGUGGGAGCGGCUCAAAGGAUCGCAGACAUGGAGUCACGGCGGAGAGUGAGCGCAGAGAUGAAAGCCAUUCAAAAUGAGGGAGAUGAGAAAGAAGAGAUGGCAUCGACCACUGCCUCACUCAACUAUCGAAGAUACACCAUUGAAGAGAUCGAAGAGGCCACACAGUACUUCUCCAAGUCCCUCAAGGUCGGAGAGGGCGGCUACGGGCCUGUGUUCAAGUGUCACCUUGACCACACGCCCGUCGCGGUUAAGGUCUUGCGCCCGGAUGCGGCACAAGGGAGGUCGCAGUUCCAGCAAGAGCUCCAAGUCUUGAGCUGCAUGAGGCACCCAAACAUGGUCCUACUUGUCGGGGCCUGCCCGGAGUACGGCUGCCUCGUCUACGAGUACAUGGCUAACGGUAGCCUCGAGGACUGCCUCAACCGCAAGGACAACAAGCAAGCCCUCUCCUGGCAGCUCCGCUUCCGCAUUGCGGCGGAGAUCGCCACGGGCCUCAACUUCCUCCACCAAAUGAAGCCGGAGCCUCUCGUCCACCGCGACCUCAAGCCGGGCAACAUCCUCCUCGACCAGAACUAUGUGAGUAAGAUCAGCGACGUCGGGCUGGCAAGGCUCGUCCCGCCCUCCGUGGCCGACGACGCCACGCAGUACCUCAUGACUUCGACGGCGGGGACCUUCUGCUACAUCGACCCGGAAUAUCAGCAGACGGGAAUGCUUGGGGUGAAGUCGGACGUGUAUUCAUUUGGGGUGCUGCUGCUGCAGCUGCUCACAGCGAAGUCUCCGAUGGGGCUGACGCACACGGUGGGGCGCGCCAUUGAGAAUGGGAAGCUCGAGGAUAUGCUGGACUCGGCAGUGCCGAACUGGCCGGUGGAGGAGGCCGGGGUGCUGGCGAGCCUGGCGGUGCAGUGUGCAGAGAUGAGGAGGAAGGACCGGCCGGACCUUGGGAAGGUCGUCUUGCCGGAGUUUAAUCGGCUUAGGGAUUUUGCAAAUGAGAGGAUGGAGCGCUUCUUGGUGUGA